UUGAACCCACCUGUCAAUAAUGGUACCUCAUCUAGGUCGCACAUGGGUGUUAAUCACCCCAUUUUGGCUUCAUUUCUGUGUCCCAUAAUGGCAAUCAAAGAAUACUACAAGGAUCCUGCAGAAAUGCAAAAAAAAUUGGCAAGCGGACAGAUCUUGAUGUCCACAACUGAUUUCCCUGCAUAUCUCUGGGAGGGAACUCCACUGGGGGAAAGGUACAAUGACAAUUCAAUGACUGAUGGACUUUUUAAAGGGUAUUUUCUCAUCUGCGUGAGUUUUCAACCAUAUACUUAA